AAGCCGACGAGUUAUUCCUCCUUUGCCUUGAAGUGUCAAGCUGUUUCACUCUUUUGAACUUUAACGUAAGUAACGACAAUGAGAUUCGGCACCAUGAAGGAAGUUAUUAGCACCAAACCAUGCUCUUCUUACCCAUGAAAGUCAUCUUACUUUGUUACAACUCUCAGAAUCUCAGUUUUUAACCAAUGAUUUGUGUCCGUCUUUGUAGUCUAACAUCCACAAACUCUGUUAUAUGCAGGUAUUAAGUAUCACAUCUUACUUAAACUUCCAAGAGAUAUUUUUCUUCUUUAGUUCAAUCCUCCAAUUGCAGGGCCAAGUAUGGAUGCAUCAGGUUCUGCAAUGGAAUCUCUGCAAUCAAAAUUUGCUCUUCCUGUGGAUUCUGAUCACAAGGCCACAGAAUUCAGGUUAUUCACAGUGGCUAAGCCCCACAUGCGUGCAUUCCAUCUAUCUUGGAUUUCCUUCUUCUCGUGCUUUGUCUCCAGUUUUGCUGUGGCUCCUCUCCUUCCAAUCAUUCGUGACAACCUCAGCCUGACAGCCACAGACAUUGGAAAUGCUGGGAUUGCAUCUGUUUCAGGAGCAGUUUUUGCUCGAAUUGCAAUGGGGACUGCCUGUGACUUAUUUGGGCCCCGUCUUGCCUCUGCUUCUAUCAUUCUCCUCACAGCACCAGCUGUUUUCUUCACUUCCAUUAUUUCAUCUGCUAACUCCUUCCUUCUUGUGCGUUUUUUAACGGGUUUCUCCUUAGCCACCUUUGUCUCAGCCCAGUUCUGGAUGAGCUCUAUGUUUUCUGCUCCAGUAGUUGGUUUUGCAAAUGGAGUUGCAGCUGGAUGGGGAAACCUAGGAGGAGGAGCCACACAACUACUUAUGCCCCUUGUCUUUGCACUAAUCCAAAGUACCGGCACUGUCAAAUUCACAGCCUGGCGAAUUUCAUUCUUCAUUCCUGCAAUGUUUCAAAUGUUAACAGCAUUUGCCAUAUUAAUAUUUGGCCAGGAUUUGCCAGAUGGGAAUUUCCAUGGCCUGAAAAAGUCAGGGGAAAAGCCAAAAGAUGACUUCCCACGGGUGCUGUUUUAUGGGAUUACAAACUACAGAGGGUGGAUUCUGGCAUUUACUUAUGGAUAUUGCUUCGGUAUAGAGCUGACAAUGGAUAGUAUCAUAGCUGAAUACUUCUAUGACAGAUUUGAUCUAAAACUCCAUACAGCAGGAAUAAUUGCUGCAAGCUUUGGAUUAGCCAACGUGGUUUCUCGACCUGCCGGGGGCUAUAUAUCAGAUGCAAUAGCAAAGAGGUUUGGAAUGAGAGGUAGGCUAUGGGCCUUAUGGCUGUGCCAAACCUUAGGAGGGGUAUUGUGCAUGAUCCUUGGCAAGGUGGGGUCUCUUACUCUAUCCAUCGUUAUCAUGAUCAUAUUCUCUAUAUUUGUUCAAGCUGCUUGUGGGCUGACAUUCGGGGUGGUUCCUUUUGUCUCAAGAAGAUCAUUAGGGGUAAUAUCUGGAAUGACGGGAGGUGGAGGAAAUGUGGGUGCUAUUUUGACGCAGCUAAUUUUCUUCAAAGGGUCCAAAUAUUCUAAAGAAAGAGGUAUAACCCUAAUGGGUGUGAUGAUCAUAAUCUGCACACUCCCCCUAUGUUUGAUCUACUUCCCACAAUGGGGUGGCAUGCUUUGCGGUCCCUCAUCUAAAAAGGUUGCAGAAGAAGAUUACUACUUGUCUGAGUGGAACUCAAAGGAGCAGCAGAAAGGCUCUCAUACUGCAAGCAUGAAAUUUGCUGAUGUAAGCAGAAGUGAAAGAGGAAAAAGAGUUCACUCUUCAGCAAGGUCUUCUGUUGAAGCCACACCACCAAAUCCUUGAUUGUUCUUCAGCGGGCACAAAAUGCACUGGCAUGAAGAAAUCCUUUAUUGAAGAAUCAAGUUGUCUCAAUAUUCUGGUUCUUUUAUAACUAAAUGGAUGACUGUAAUAUUACCAAGAUCAUGCUAGUUCACAAUCAUUUACAUUUUGUUUGGCACAUGAGCAUUUUACUUUCCGAGUGCUUGGAAACUUAGUUAUAUAAUUUUGGACACAAGACAUGAAAAAGUCAAGAUAGGCGCACUGCGCAUGUUAUCAAUAACAGGUAACAUGGUUUUUUUCAACAUAUUUCAUGGCCAAUUUUUUUUUUUUUUCAUGAUUAAUUUUCCACGUACUUGGGAACAAUUCCUUACCAAACCCCAUAGUUAUUGUGAUUAGGAAGAUGUUACUUAAGAAUAUAUUGUGAUUAGUAACCCCUGGCUUUUGUUGUAUUUGAAUUGUGUUUAUCUUCUGUGUGUCAUCUUAUACAGUUUCAAUUCUCUG